AUGACCGCCACCACUGCUUGGGCUGACCCACACGCCUUCCACCCGUGGUUCCGUAUGCCUUCCCUCAAACGACAACUCAGCGAUGAUGACGAGCAGUCACCUUCCCCGCCAUCCGCCUACACCAACCCAUCCCUUGUCGACUCGCGCCGGUCGCUUUCUCCGGCCCCGAGCCCCAAGAGGCGAAGAUGCGACGUACUCGAGACAGGGCUGUCGAAGCUCACGCUCGCGCCAGCCGCCACCGUUUCGCCCGUGGUACUUGCACUCUGGCCCGGAACGAACACGAACGGGCCGGUGGACGGCAUGCCGGUCUCCGCGUACGCACCAAUCACGACGAACAUGAACACAGCGUUCCCCGGGUCAGUCGAAGAGCCUGUCGAGGUGUUGAAUGGCAUCGUCGAAGAGGUGCCAGAGCUGCCGGAGGUGUCGAUGAAGGGCCCGUCGUGGUAUGAGGUCGAGAAAGACCGUAAGUCCGCGUUCCUCCAUCCUGCACGCGCAUUCUUCACGCGCGACGCGGUGGUCUUCACUGUCGAUCGCGCCGUAUCUGCCCUCGCGCCCUUCACCUCGCCUAAGUCACUCAAGCUGGAGGCUGCUGUCUCCCGCCACGUCGUCAGAACGCCCGCUCUUCCCCCGCCUUCCCCGUUUUUCCCGCCCCCGCCGAGCACGACGGUAGCUAACGCGUUCUACGCUCUAGGCAUCGUGAUCACCGACCUCGAAGACUCGGACGCCGAAGACGCGCCCGACAGCGAGCGCGAGAACGUCCCGCCCCGCGGCGCAGCCGCCGCGGACGCGCCGGCGUACGCGAUUUCGAGCGCGCUCCUCGGCCGCCUCGCGCGCCCGCCGCUCGCGCCCGUUCCAGUCCCCGCGGGCAGCGGCGCCCUUGUGCUCUACCGCCCGCUCCCCCCCUUGGCGGUGGUGACCCCCGGCGCGGUGGAGGAAGCGGAGGCGGAGGAUGAGGCGGGGGUGGUCACGCGCCCGCGUUUGCAGACCGGGACCGGGACCGGGACGCGCGACGGCGGAGUGGGGGAGCCAAUGGGCGGGGGCGACGGCGACGACGACGCGAUGGCGCUUGAAGACGUGGGCACGCCAAUGGCGUUGGAGGACGCGUCGGCAGCGGAGGGGGACGUAGAGUACGAGCCAAUGGACGUCGAGAUGCUCUGA